AUGAAAGCAGUCGUAUUCAAGGGACCGGGGAAGGUGGUGAUUGAAGACAGACCAAUUCCGAAGAUUCAAGAUGCAGGAGAUGUUAUCGUAAAGGUUGAAAAGGCACACGGUGGCCAGGCAGAAUACGUCCGGAUUCCCCUCGCAGACUCCACAGCCGUCAAAGCACCACCUGGCAUCAAAGACGAGGCACUGGUUCUUAUGGCAGACAUCUUUCCAACAGGCAUGUUUGCAGCCAAGAACGGCUUCCAAUAUUCCACUCCCGAGGAAAUCAAGGACAGUGUCGUUGUGCUUAUUGGCUGUGGUCCUGUAGCUCUCUGCGCGCUCUGCAACAUCACCGACUACAAGCCAAAGCACAUUCUCGCUGUUGACUCAGUACCUUCGCGCCUCGAACUUGCCAAGUCACUGGGUGCGGAACCCUGGAACUUCCAGACUGAUCGCGAGGGUCUCGAUAAGCGCGUCAAGGAGCUCACAGACGGCCGUGGAGCAGACAUUGUCAUCGAAGUGGUCGGUCUGUCUCCUGCGCUUCGAAUGGGAUACGAGUUGAUCCGACCCUGGGGCGUCAUCAGCUCGGUCGGAGUCCACAACGGCGAGAUACCCUGGUCUGGAAAUGAGGCGUAUGGAAAGAACGUCAGAGUUCAGAUGGGAAGGUGCCCUGUGAGAAGUGUUUUUGAAGAAGCACUUGACAGCUUGAAGAGGCAUCAGGAUAAGCUUGGCUUUAUGGCUGAUAAAGUCAUGCCGUUGAGCGACGCCAUUGAGGGCUACGAGUUGUUCGACAAGAUGAAGGUGCAGAAGGUCGUUUUCGAGGCGCAAAAGUAG